UCGUUUCUUGCUCCUGCGUAUAAAUCAGGGACACGCGGAGCAGAGAUCGUCAGUCUCCGCCACCUGUCUCCAGCCCUCUCCGCUGCUCACAUUUCGCGCACCCGCGAACUUUCCACCUUGCCUCUCUUUAACUAUCACCGUCUCCUCGCCUCCUCUUCGAUUCGAUCAGGCUCUGUAUUGUCUCGCGUGCUGAUAAUGACGGCGGCCCUGAUGAUGAUGACGAUGGCGCUCAUGAUGAUCGUCGCGUUGGUAGUGGUGAUCCCUGGAGCCCACGGCUACCUGGAGGAGGAGGUUAAGGCCUCGCUGCUCGGGGCCCUGGGUCUGAAGGAACCUCCGCGGAUCGAGAAGAGGGAUCUGGAAUCGGUGAUCGUUCCGGCCGCGGUGCGGGCGCGCUACGCGUCGAUGCUGCAGAGACACCGCGAGAGGAGUCGGCGGAGUCUGCCGAGUCUUGCCGGCAUCUUCCGCGGACUCCGUGGCAACGCAGACAUUGCGGGCGACGUGGUGUUCGAGGACGCGACGCGCCAGCGGCUGACGUUCGACAUGAGGGACCGCAUCCCCGACAACAGCGAGGUGACGCUGGUGGAGCUUCGCCUCUUCAAGACGGCGCCCGGCGGGGCCUUCAGCGCGGCGGCGCAGAGGAGACACCCGCGGCCCGCCAACCACGCGCGCGUCAGCGUCUUCUGGCUGGAGGAGCCGCUCGUGGGGGCGAUGAAUCGCUCCACCCUGGUCGACUCCAGACUCGUGCCGGUGGGAGACUCUGGCUGGAAGGGCUUUGACGUGACUCAGGCCGUCCAGCACUGGCAGCAGCAGAGCGGCGGCGGUCCCCUCCGACUGGAGGUGCGCGUCGAGGGCGAGCGGCCGGGCAGCCACGCGGCGCACAUGGCCUCGCUGGUGCGAUUCACACCGCAGGAGGCCGGCGAACAGCCGCCCAUCGGCAAGCCCGAGCUGGUGGUGUACACCCUCAACCUGGCCGAGUACGGCGGCCGAGGCGACUGCGAACUCGACUCGUCGCACCCGGACCACGCCUGCUGCCGCGGCCACAACUUCAUCAACUUCCGCGAGCUCACGUGGACCCAGUACUGGGUGCUGGAGCCCGCGGGCUACGAGGCGUUCCGCUGCACGGGCGGCUGCCGACAGCCGAGGCCCCUCCACUCGAUGUACGGGCCACGCCACUGCUCGCCCGUCGAGAGUUCUCCGCUGCCCAUGAUGUACCUGGUGAAGAAGGGCGACUACACGGAGAUUGAGGUGGCCGAGUUCCCCAACAUGAUCGUCGAGAAGUGCGGCUGCGCCAUGGACAACAUUUCCGUGGUGUGAGAGGGAGUGGUGGGAGGAGGGGGGGGCUGUGGUUGGGUCGAUCGUGUCUCCAGAGGCCGUCUCAUCUCGUGUGAAUGUCUCGUGUCUGCCCCGUCUAGAUCACCUCUCUCUCUCUUAUCUCUCUCAUUUCAAGUCUGUCUUGCCCGUCUCGCCUCGUCAUCUCUUCAUUUUUUUCACACGUCAUCUCUUUUCCAUCUCCGUCAUCAUUUCAUUGGCGUUCUCCCAUCUCAGCUCGAGUCUCUCCCAUCCUCUCUCUCCGUGGUCCACGAGCGACACUCAGAUCAUCGACGGCCGCGUCCCUCAAGUCAACAGUUUGAAAAGGGGCUCGGGCCGACGGCUCCAUUGCACUUAGCGAAUAAAAAUUAAUAAAAAAAUGACCAUUACAUAAAACACCCGAUAGAGUUUUGUACAUACCGAUAACAUUCCUAACCCUGCCGUAGUGUUUACACUUUUGUAAUUUUUUGUUAAUCAGUUUUAAACAUUUAGCGAUGAAAUGUUUCACGCGACUGAAUAUUAUGCGCAAAAAUGAGGAAUAAAAGUUUUCAUCAUUUGCUGUAAAUAACAUGCCGUACUAGUUUGUCGAUAUGCCAUGGACUUUGUAUUGGGCCGGUUUCUUACAAAAGUUACGCUUUUUAAACUUCGUUUUUUAUGCCAAACAUGUUUCCCGCCCCACACGUUCGAUGGUUUUAAAUACCGUCUGAAGUUUCAUCGUCUGUAACAAAUAAAAAGGUGUACAUUGAGUCGGA